UGGGACCAGUGUUACCGAUCGUACUUUGGCUCAAUCAUGAUCAGGCUAUACGAAAAAAAAGUCUUGAUCGGUGCAGGUGUACUUGUCCUACUAGCCAUAAUUGUUAUUGUGGCAGUAUAUUUUGCUACUUCGCGUGAAUCUAAUACAAUGGAUGACUCCAAAUUCAUAAGUGACUCGUACCUUGGUAUUUACAAAACGGCUGCAGUAGUAACAAAUGGUCCGGAAUGCGCCAAAAUAGGAUCCGAUAUAUUAGAGCACAAAAAUGGCACGGCAGUUGAUGCAGCAAUCGCAGCGCUUCUAUGCGAAGGAAUUGCCUCUUUACACAGUAUGGGUCUUGGCGGAGGAUUUCUGAUGACCAUUUACGAUGCAAAAACUCAAAAAGCUACGUUUUUGGACGCGAGAGAAACAGCACCGAAAUUGGCUAAUGAAACCAUGUUCGGUGGUAAUGCCACCUUAUCUUUCGCAGGAGGAUUAUCCGUUGCUGUACCAGGAGAACUCAUGGGUUACUGGGAAGUUCAUCAAAAAUACGGACGAGUCCCGUGGAAAGAUUUAUUUGAACCGGCUAUAAAAUUAUGUGAAAAUGGUAAUAUAAUUAAUAAGUACCUUUACAACAGUCUCAAGGGUAAAGAAAAAUAUAUUAGAGAGGAGGAAACGUUGAGAGAAAUUUUGAUAAACAGUGAGACGAAUAUGUUGUACGCGGAAGGUGAACUAAUAAAAAGACCAAAACUGGCAGAAACUUUGAGAAAAUUAGCAAAUGCUCCAAAUCCAGUUGAUCUUUUCUACAAAGGGGAUAUGGCCAAGCAACUUGUCGCCGAGAUAAAAGGCUUCAAAGGAAUCAUUACUGAAGAAGAUUUUGCCAAUUAUAAAGUACAGUGGAGGGAACCUACAGUAGCGAAACUUGGGAAAAUAACCAUGUACUCGGCACCACCUCCUGGCUCAGGUGUUCUCCUUACAUUUAUGCUCAAUGUCCUUGAAAAACUCCUACCAGCCAACGAUACGAAUAUUUUGUGGCAACGAAUCAUCGAGACUUUCAAAUGGGCUUACGCUAAACGUACACUACUGGGUGAUCCAGCUUUUGAAAACAUAACGGAAGUUAUAGCUAAUUUAACAUCGAAGGAGUAUGCUGAUAAAAUAAGGUUGAAAAUCAAAGACAAUAAAACAUACCAAGAUCCAAAAUUUUACGGAGCUAAUACGACGAAUAGAGAGACUCAUGGUACAGCGCAUGUAUCAGUAUUAGCUCCUGAUGGUUCUGCAGUUUCAGUCACAUCUACAAUAAAUCAAGUAUUGGGCGCUAAAAUACGGUCGAAGUCGACUGGUAUCAUAUUCAACGAUGAAAUGGACGAUUUUAGCGCCCCAAAUAUCACGAAUGCAUUUGAUGUACCACCUUCACCAGCAAAUUUUAUUAAACCUAAUAAAAGACCAUUGAGUUCGAUGUCACCUACUAUAUUGGUGGAUGAAGACAACAAGGUAAAACUAGUCAUUGGCGCUGCUGGUGGAACAAAAAUUACAACAGCAGUGGCUUCAAUUAUCGUCUUACAUUUAUGGAACGGUUAUAACAUUAAAGAAGCUAUUGACACUCAUAGGCUUCACCAUCAACUGUUUCCUAUGGUAAUUCAAAAUGAAAAAAAUUUUCCUCAAAGCGUUCUGCAAUAUUUGCAUAAUAUCGGUCACAACGUAACCACUUUUUCUGGAAUUGGAAGUGCAGUCACUGGUAUUUCAAAUAAUAAUGGACAAAUAAUGGCCAAUUCCGACUACAGACGACUAGGAAGAACAGCAGGGUUCUGAAAUUGUUGAGAAAUGUUUGUUUGAAAUAUUUCUAGUAAAUCAAGUUCCUAUUUGCUUGAUCUCAGUACGAAAUAUUCGAUUGUGGUGUAGCAAAGAAAAAUAUUCUUAAUUGUGCCUAAGUGAUAUUAAUUGAUAGACCGGUAUCAGUUUGAAUAUUGUUAUCACCACAACUAUUAAAUUUGUAUUGAACAAUAUCCAUUUGUUAUCAUAAUCACCAAUGGGAUAUGAUACAUUUUAAAUCUAUUCACUCGAUACAAGUAUUACGUUACUGUAGACGUAGCAAUAUGUUUAUAUGAAUACUAAUUUUACAACACUCACUUGCCUGGUCUGAACCAUACUGUAUAUAUGUAUACAGGGUGGUUUCAACAACCCUGUAUAUAUGUAUACAGGGUGGUUUCAACAACCCUUAUACUUCUUCCAAAAUUAAAAAAUACGCAAAUGAUGCAAAAAAAAUGGCUCAUUGUUGCUGUAUGGCUGUCACUGGAAUCGAUAAAAAACUACGCAAUUAUGCAUUUUCUAAAAUGACCAGUAAAAAAUUCAAUCACAACAAUCAAUUGAGUGUAUGUAUAGGUUUUCAAAUAGCGGAAACUUAUCUGCCUAAACAUUCUUUAUUACAUUUUCAUCAUUUCCAAAAAAUAUACUAUAAAAAUAAUAUAGAGAUUAUUGAAAUAAUGAGAGAUUAGGGAAAAACGAAAUUUUCAAACACUCUAUGGGUAGUCUAGCCGGGAAAUUUUUUCAUGUAUAAGUGUGUUCACAACGGUAUUGGACAUUUAUUCGGAACAACGUGCAGCCUCAAAUCAGUACGUAAAAUUUUGAAGGCUAUUAUCAAAGUCAUCGUUCAAGCAUACACCUACAUUUCUAUUAGAAUUUGCUACUUUUCUUUCUUCAAAUUCAUUAAAUAAAAUUUACAAAUCCAAUUGUAACUAAGAUUUUUUAAUCCGAAUACAUUUAUUGUUACAUACUUUUUGAAAGGUGGAAAAGAUCGUGUGAAUUAUUAUCUACCAAAUAUAUAAUCAUUAAGUUAUUGUUGUUACGAUAUACGAUAUUUGAUAGAUAUUAUGCACCAGCAGAUAUUGAAGAAGCGAAUACGAAAGCGUAAACACUGCUUUUUAACGACUCUGAAAAAGGGGAUAUAAGAUUAACUAAUAUUGAAGAGUUGAAGAUUGUAAAUAAAUGUAUCAAUGAAAAUCAAUUUUAAUAGAGUAUUUUAAAAUUGUUCUGAUUGUAAACACAGGCGAAUUUACAUUGCUUAGCUUAGUGGUACGUAAAACCAAAGAAAAAACUUUCAUAAUAUAGUAAAUAAACGUUUCUUCAAUUUAUUGAUGUAGUCUAAAGAGCAUGUAAAAUUUACAAUGUAAUGAGUAUGCAAAUUUGAUAUCAAAUACAUUAUUACUAAUAAAAUACAUACC